AUGAACCAGGACAAGGUGAGGAGGCCUGAGGAGGAGGCCCAAGUGGAGGAGGAGCAGGAGGAGGCCCAAGUGGAGGAGGAGCAGGAGGAGGCCCGAGGAGGAGGCCCAAGUGGAGGAGGCCCCAGUAGAGGAGGCCCGAGGAGGAGGCCUGAGGAGGAGGCCCCAGUGGAGGAGGCCCAAGGAGGAGGAGGCCCGAGGAGGUGGCCUGAGGAGGAGGAGGAGGAGGAGGCCCGAGGAGGAGGCCCCAGUGGAGGAGGCACAGGAGGAGAGAGAGAGGAAAGAGGAGAGAAGAGAGGAGAGAGGAGAGGAGAGAAGAGAGAGGAGGGAGGAGCAAGAGGAGGGAUAGGAGAGGAGAGAGGAGAAAGAGGAUAG